GACACUGGGGAAGUGGCCCUCAGAUCUGAUGGCUCAGGGAACUUGGUUCCAACGGCUAGGCGCCGGCCAUUGGAAAUUCUUCCUAGGACUCGCUGCUGUUUCCAACGCCUCUUCCUGGAAAGCGCAACUCACUGCUGGUUGGACGCGCAGAAAGGCUCUCUGGUGGUGAGGAGCCAAGUCAGCCCCGAAGACCAUGAACUUAUCCUUUGAACACUGCAACAUAUCUGACUGGUUGAGACUGGAGGCCACGGUGAAGGCCUCUGUGUACGUGGUGGCUUUCUCCAUUGCCACAUCCAUCACCGUUGUCAUUAUCGCAAUAGUGUCACAGGAUCUGCAGCUGAGGAAAGAGGUCCGACUGGUCCUCCUCUGUCAUCACCUGCUGUGCAUCUCUUCCUACUGUGGCCUGGGGGUUGUCUUCCAAGGAAUGCGGGCCUUGAUGGCCAACAGCCCCCUGCUGCUGUGCUGGCUGGUAUUUGGGGCACAGCUAAGCGUGGGAGAAGGGAUCCUCCUUACUCUGGCCUUGAUGGCGCUCAACACUUACCUGGCCAUUUGUUAUCCCCUGAACUCUCCAUCCUUUGUAGAGUCUGCUAAGUACAGGAUUCUGGCUGGGACCUGGACCGCUGUUCUACUCAAGAAUGUUGGCUUAUUCCUCCUAGAGGCCACUAGCCCUCCUCCAGCCUCUGUUUUCCAGUCUGCCCCGCUCUGUCCUGUCAUCUUGAACGGUAUGCCUGCCAGAGUCAUCGGCAUGCUUUUCCUUGCCCUUCCUUUAUCUGUCAUCCUUGUGUGUUACUGUCUGAUAUACCGAGAAGGGAGGCGGGCUGGCCAUUUUAACAGAUCAAACAUCAGGGCCAGGAGAACUGUCCUUGUUCAUCUACUGCAGAUAAGCUUACACGUCAUCCCCACGCUGCUGGUCAUAGGUUUGGGAAAGCGGUGUGGGGUGUUUUUCUUUACUCUAAAUCUGGUGCUUUUUGGUAUCUUUGCAUUUGCACAGUGUUUCAACCCUCUGGUGUACGGGCUAUGCAGCAGAGACCUGCAGAAAAAACUGUACUCUUGGCUGUGCUGUCAGAAGAACCAGCAGGGGGCUGGCUUAAACAACGAUUUAGCUCUUCCUAGUAACUCCAGACUUAAUAGGGGUGUGAAGGCUGAGGACUUGCCUUGCAUUCAGUCCCAAACUGUUGCCGUGCUUUGAUUUUGAAAGCAGUGAGACUUCUCGACUGCACGUUGGUGAGGUCAGCUAGUGCCUUUGACACUAAACCCAGAUGAGCACUUUCUGAUGAGUCUGAGUAUGACAGCCGAAAGGGCCGAAUCUAGGAGUCACAUGAUAAUGGAGUCAUUGGAAAGGCUGGGGGAAACAGAAGUCAGGGUCCUGCGGACUCGUGUCAUGUCAAGGUAGGCCAAGAGCCCAAAAACCGUAUGCUCUGGGCACUCACAUCUUGACAACUUUGUUCUGUCAGUAGAAAGAGCAACAAGAUGGCUUCUACCCACAUGCUCUCCUGUAAUUGGUGGCACCUAAUUGGCUAUGGAGACCCUAAAAGCAAAGGAGUCUGGGAAAUGUAGUUUCUAGUUUUACUGAUUUGGCAGUAGAAGUUACCUCCCAAGGAGUGAGAACUGAAUGAGCCAAUUUAUGGGCCCCUUUCUUACUACAUUUAGUUUUAUUUACAGAUUAUAAUGAUAACAGAAACAAACAAAAGACACUAUUGGGCAUUACGUUUCACCCACUAUACAAGCCAUUUUAUACUAUGUCAGAGCCUCACAAAAAUUUGUAAUAUAGACAUAAUUACUCUUGAUUUACAAACGAGAACAAUGGAGGUUGAGGAAAGAUUUACCUAAGCCUCAGAGGUUCUAAAUCUCGCAAUUUACAUAACAUUUUCUGCAUUUGUUUGGUACAGGGUAAUCAUUUUUCUUAAAAAAAUUAAAAAAAAAUUAGUGUGUGUGUGUGUGUGUGUGUGUGUGUGUGUGUAGGUCAAGGACAACUAUUAGAACUUGGUUCUCUCUUCCACUUUUGCAUAGGUUCCUUUAUGUGGUCAUCAGGAUUUCGAGGCAAAUACUAUCUUGGCUGAGCUAUCUUGCCAACCCAACUUUUUCAUUUUUGAGAGCCCAUACUAAUUGCUUGAGAAAGCCAGGCCUUGACUCUCCACUUUGCUUUGGGUCUGGAAUCCUGCUAUGGAGGAGAUCUUCUUUCUUAUCUGUCACUUUAUCCAGCACAUUUCCUUCUUAUCCAUCACAUCAACAACGUUCUAUUGUUCUGAGGCCAUCCUUAUUUCAUACUCCAGAGCUUCUGUGCCGUGUAUAUACUCUUCUUUGGUUUCAAGUGCUCCUCUUCCCUCCUCCAUCCUCUCCUCUCAAGUUUGAGAGAUAGAGUACUUGAACAUGCUAGGCAGAUGCUAUUCUACUGAGAUACAGUACUCCAGUCCUCAGUUGCUUGUCUCCUCUUUAGGUAUUUUGACUAAGUUUGCCCCUUUUCCUAGUUCAAGUGCUAAGAAACAA